UACCCUGUCUUUUCACUGUUCAGCGAGAUCAAAUCACUCGUCUCAGUCCUAUCUUUGAUCUUGACGGUGCAGCAACGUGACUUUAAAAUUACGCGACAGUUCGUGUGAUCUGUUCGUUUAUCAAUACUUUUACCCGUGUCAUUUUCGUGGAAUCUAGUGACGAACGUUUUUCUUCGACAAAAAGGAAUCAGAAGAAGAGUUGGGUAACAAGUAUGAAUCAGGAUCAAGAAGUACCAGCCACGACUACAGAUUUGGCUAGGCUGCCAAACGAAGAAUUCAACAGGCUGAACGAACCACUUCAAACAGUUACCACAGGAUACUGUCCCAGUAACUACUCCGUGACACAACCAAGUACCGAGGAGAAGCUGCACCCUGAGAAUGAAAUAUACCCCACACAGGAAUACAGACAAGAGCCAUGGCUUCAAGAUGGCAGCAGCUGCGAAACGGAGGACAGCGAGCAGUACGUGCCAGAGUUCCAUCGGAUGACAAACGCCAAUGUCAAACAGGAAUCAGCGAAUUGCAGAAGAAUCGAUGAUACUAAUUACUCACAGUAUCAAACGCCAAUGAACCAUGCACAUUCGCAAGGUAGCACGUUCCUCGAUCUCGAUCCGGAGAAUCGCAGUAAUUGCUUCGGAAAUACUAAGAUGAGCUCGAGGACAAGCGAGGCCACGAAGAACGUAGCGGUGAAGGAAGAACCAGCGGACAGAGGAUAUGGGGAGCCGAUUUCCGUGACGAGCAUCCCCACAUCAACAGCUCAGGACACUCGAAAUAGCAACAGCAUGGUCUACCAGCAACAGCAGCAAUACGGAAGCGGAACAAGAAACGCCAGAGGUUCGCCAUCGCCUAGUCGGCCAGCCAGCACUUCCUCCGCAGCUUCUCAAUGGCAAUCGACGAUUCCAGCUCCUGGCGAAGCUUUCUUUCCGCGACAAGAGAAUUGGAGCUCGGAAGUGUACGGCAAGAGAAGCGUGACGCCCACAUGGACCGAGCUGGGAGUUCAAUUAGAAGGCAGGAAUCCAUCGUGGGAGAGACAGAGUAAUUGUUAUCAAAAGAAAGGAUCUCCUAGCUCGUGGAACACAGAGUAUAGUAGCAAGAGGCCAUCUUCGGCGACGGGAGUGUCACCUUGGAGCGAAAUGUCUGUUGGCUAUCAACAACAACGAAGAGGUUCUCUUCAAUUGUGGCAAUUUUUAGUCACCUUGUUGGACGAUCCUGCGAACGCACCUUGCAUUGCGUGGACUGGUCGUGGAAUGGAAUUCAAGCUAAUCGAACCGGAAGAGGUAGCUCGAAGAUGGGGAGUUCAAAAGAAUCGACCGGCAAUGAAUUACGAUAAAUUAAGCAGAUCAUUGAGGUACUAUUACGAGAAAGGGAUAAUGCAAAAGGUGGCUGGAGAGAGAUACGUGUAUAAGUUCGUGUGCGAUCCGGAAGCACUUUUCAACAUGGCAUACGGCUCCGCAGGAUCGGCUGGCCUCCCCAGCGAAGUACAAAACGGCGUUCGAAGUCAAUCGAUAUCCAGCAAGAUCUCAUCUACGAACGAUGUUUCUGAUUUAGCAAAACAUCCCACCAGUGGCUACGGUGAUGCAGUUCUUGCCAUGUACUCGAAUACCGCAGCAGUGUAUGGGCCAUCCAGUUUGCAUCACCUGCACCAGUACCUCGGUGGCAACGAGGGUUUCAAGGCACCAUCGAACAGAUACCAUCCCCAUUACUCGCAUGAGUACAACGGAAGUCACCACCAUCCGCCCUCGAGCUACACAGAGACCUUCCUAAACUACGGUCGCUUGUCGUCCCACGAUGCUCCGACAGAAUCGAGGAGCCAAGAACUCGCGAGAAUUCCGUACGCACAGGAAACAGAAGGUAUCGGCAGAGAACGAGAAGCGUCAUCGAUUUUGUACGAUGGCGUGCAGAGAACGCAAUUACCGGCUGCUCCAACGCUUUCCCAACCAACCUUGCUAGACGCUACCACCACCAGCUCGAAGAUCGAGCAAACUUCGUACGCCUGCCUCGGCGUAGGCAGCUGCGUCUGCUGAAUCUCUCUCAACAGUCUCAACUUUAUCGGAAGACGGAAAGUCAUACGCAUCGAGAAUUGACUCUCGAGAAAAUCUCUAGUCAUAGAUUACCCCGUACUACGUGCUUACACGUUAUACGAUUGUAUAGGUGACUUAAGUAUAACGUGUAGGUGUUAAUGGAACGCACGGUUUGAAUGUCAAGCAGCGUUCGUCCAUGGUCGUACAGUGUCUUAAUUUAUACAGAAAUUAGUUGCAACAUCGCACAAUAACUUGACUUAAGCGGAUGAUAAUGUUGUACGAUGUUAAUUUAAACAAGGAUAGGUAGCAAUAACGCACGAUGUCUUAAUUUAAACAAGAAUUACUUACAAUGUUGCUAAAUGUCUUAAUUUAAACAACAAUUAGUAGCAAUAGUUACGCUAAUACGUAUACACGUAUAUACGCAAUAACUCAUACUAUAUCUUAGUUCAACCUCUUGAAGCACAAAUUUUCCAUCGGUUGACUAACGAAAACUUAUCGAAUUUCUUGUUAAAGGAAAGGUGAAAAUGAAGCUGUGUGUACGAUACAUCUUUCGCAAGGUAUACAUAUACAUAUUUCGGUAUAAAUAUGCAUAUUUCGGUAUAAGACACUGUAAUUUGAAUUUAUAAAAACCAAUGCCUAAAACGAUCUAUCGAUGUACGUGUUAUAUGGUCAGACAAAAUUUGGUAACAAUAUGUCACGAUGUCUUAAAUUAAUCAAGAAUUAAUAGCAAUAUCGGAGAAAAAUAGAACUGAGUUUCCUAAAAAUAGACGCUCAAUAUCGACUCAUUACGCGACCAUUGACAAACGUAUGUCAG